CCCCCCCCCAUCCCCUUCUUCUCUCCUUCAUCCUUCUCCCAUUGAUUCUACUCUACAGACAGAGCACAUACAUAAAGCCAAAGUGCACCGAAACAGAGGAACUCUGUUUUUCCCUUCACCUUUUCCUCCAUUAAAAGUCUCUCCUUUAUCUUCCAAUUGAAGAGCUGCAAUUCCCUUUUAAUGGCGAGAAACGGCGGGUUUUCGCGGCGGAGGAGGUCGGGCAGCGCCGACGGGUUCGACCUCUCGCCAACCGAUUCCGAGGAAGCCCACGUCCUCGCGGUCGACGACAGCCUCGUGGACCGCAAGUUCAUCGAACGUUUGCUAAAGACUUCGUCUUGCAAAGUGACGGCGGUCGAUAGCGGAAUGAGAGCUCUGCAGUUUCUGGGUCUAGACGAGGAGAAGUCCCCUGUCGAUUUCGAUAGUUUGAAGGUCGAUCUGAUCAUCACAGACUACUGCAUGCCCGGAAUGACCGGAUACGAGCUGCUCAAGAAAAUCAAGGAAUGCUCCGCUUUGAGGGAAAUUCCGGUAGUGAUCAUGUCGUCGGAGAAUGUCGUGGCGCGAAUCGACCGAUGUUUGGAGGAAGGCGCGGAAGAUUUCAUAAUGAAGCCGGUGAAGCCGUCGGACGUGAGACGGCUGAAGGACUACAUGGCGAGGGGAUUCCGGGGAGAAUCCUGCGAGAGGAACAAUCACAAGCGGAAGCUCCACGACCAUAGCUCCGAUCACCUCUUCCAAUCCUCAUCACCUUCGGUUUCGCCCGCCUCGUGGUCGUCGACGUCGCUGACUUCGGGGUCCGCUGACCCUUCAUCGCCGCCGUCGGUCUCUUCAUCGCAGCCUCAAUCGCCGUUGAUAGCUUCGUCGGCGCCCUCUUCUCCCUCGUCCUUGGAAAUUUGGAAUCACCGACCAGACGGCUCAGAAUGA